CCCGCCCCGCCCCGCCCCGCGCCGCGCCGCCCGCGCCGGCUCCGGCUCCGCAGCUCGUCCUCCCGCCGCCGGCCGGCGGCGCGGGCCAUGGCGCUGCUGCGGGACGUGUCGCUGCAGGACCCGCGGGACCGCUUCGAGCUGCUGCAGCGCGUGGGCUCCGGCACCUACGGCGACGUCUACAAGGCCCGCGACACCGCCACGUCCGAGCUGGCCGCGGUGAAGAUCGUGAAGCUGGACCCAGGGGACGACAUCAGCUCCCUCCAGCAGGAAAUCACUAUCCUGCGGGAGUGCCACCACCCCAACGUGGUGGCCUACAUUGGCAGCUACCUCAGGAACGACCGCCUGUGGAUCUGCAUGGAGUUCUGCGGAGGGGGGUCCCUGCAGGAGAUUUACCACGCCACGGGGCCCCUGGAGGAGCGGCAGAUCGCCUACGUCUGCCGGGAGGCGCUGAAGGGGCUGCACCACUUGCAUUCCCAGGGGAAGAUCCACAGGGACAUCAAGGGCGCCAACCUCCUCCUCACCCUCCAGGGAGAUGUCAAGCUGGCUGACUUUGGGGUAUCCGGCGAGCUGACGGCAUCUGUGGCUAAGAGGCGGUCUUUCAUUGGGACUCCAUACUGGAUGGCCCCGGAGGUGGCCGCCGUGGAGCGCAAAGGUGGCUACAAUGAGCUGUGUGACGUCUGGGCGCUGGGCAUCACGGCCAUUGAGCUGGGCGAGCUGCAGCCCCCCCUGUUCCACCUGCACCCCAUGAGGGCCUUGAUGCUCAUGUCCAAGAGCAGCUUCCAGCCGCCCAAGCUGAGGGACAAGACGCGCUGGACUCAGAAUUUCCACCACUUCCUCAAGCUGGCCUUGACCAAGAACCCCAAGAAGAGGCCAACAGCAGAGAAGCUUCUGCAGCACCCCUUCACCACACAGCAGCUCCCCCGGGCUCUCCUCACACAGCUGCUGGACAAGGCCAGUGACCCCCAGCUGGGCGCCCUCUCCCCGGAGGACUGUGACGUGGAGACUUACGACAUGUUUCCAGACACCAUUCACUCCCGCGGUCAGCACGGCCAGGCCGAGAGGACCCCCUCGGAGAUCCAGUUUCACCAGGUGAAGUUUGGCGCCCCCCGCAGGAAGGAGACGGACCCGCUCCCGGAGCCGUGGGAAGAGGAGUGGACCCUGCUGGGAAAGGAGGAGCUGAGUGGGAGCCUGCUGCAGUCCGUCCAGGAGGCCCUGGAGGAGAGGAGCCUGACCAUCCGGCCAGCCUUGGAACUGCAGGAGCUGGACUCCCCAGACGAUGCCAUGGGAACCAUCAAGCGGGCCCCGUUGGGGCCGGCCCCCCAUGAGCCGCCAGCUGAGUCCCCUCUGACCAGCCCCCCAGGAACCCCACCCCGACCCCUCCCGGGCUCCGACAGCCCCCCGCCUCUCCCCACCGCCUGGGCCACCAUGAAGCACCGGGAGGAUCCUGAGAGAUCGUCCUGCCAUGGGCUGCCCCCGACCCCCAAGGUGCACGUAAGUGUCCGCCCGCCCCCUGCAGCCCGCAGCCCCGCCGCCUGCCCACCGCCCGCCACCCGCCGCCCUGCGCGUCCUCACAGCCUCUCGCCUCCGCAGAUGGGAGCCUGCUUCUCCAAGGUCUUCAACGGCUGCCCCCUGCGGAUCCACGCUGCUGUCACCUGGAUUCACCCCGGCACCCGGGACCAGUUCCUGGUGGUGGGCGCCGAGGAGGGCAUCUACACCCUCAACCUACACGAGCUGCACGAGGACACCCUGGAGAAGCUGAUCUCACACCGCUGCGCCUGGCUCUACUGCGUGAAUAACGUGCUGCUGUCACUCUCAGGGAAAUCCACGCACAUCUGGUCCCACGACCUCCCGGGCCUCUUCGAGCAGCGGCGACUGCAGCAGCAGGUCCCCCUCUCCAUCCCCACCAACCGCCUCACCCAGCGCAUCAUCCCCAGGCGCUUUGCACUGUCCACCAAGAUUCCGGACACCAAAGGCUGCCUGCAGUGCCGCGUGGUGCGGAACCCCUACACGGGCAGCACCUUCCUGCUGGCCGCCUUGCCCGCCAGCCUGCUCCUGCUGCAGUGGUACGAGCCGCUACAGAAGUUCCUGCUGCUGAAGAACUUCUCCAGCCCCUUGCCCAGCCCAGCCGGGAUGCUGGAGCCGCUGGUCCUGGAGGGGAAGGAGCUCCCGCAGGUGUGUGUGGGGGCCGAGGGCCCCGAGGGGCCCGGCUGCCGCGUCCUGUUCCACGUCCUGCCGCUGGAGGCCGGCCUGACCCCUGAUGUGCUCGUACCGCCUGAGGGGCUCCCAGGCUCCGCCCAGCAGGUGGUCCAGGUGGACAGGGACACGGUGCUGGUCUGCUUUGACCGCUGCGUGAGGAUCGUCAACCUGCUGGGCGAGCCUGCGGCCACCCUGGCUCCCGUGCUGACCUUUGACUUCCCCAUUGAGACUGUGGUGUGUCUGCAGGACAGCGUGCUGGCCUUCUGGAGCCACGGAAUGCAGGGCCGCAGCCUGGACACCAACGAGGUGACCCAAGAGAUCACGGAUGAGACGAGGGUCUUCCGGGUGCUUGGGGCCCACAGAGACAUCAUCCUUGAGAGCAUUCCCACCGACAACCCUGGGGCUCACAGCAACCUCUACAUCCUCACCGGCCACCAGAGCAGCUACUGAGCGCGGGGCCCGCCAGAGGCACCCCCUCCCCACGCCUUGGCUGCAGCCCAGCCCGCUUAGGCAGAGGGAGCCCAGGCCCGCGCUGCUGGGCUGAGGGGCAGAGGUAAUCCUGAGAAGUCGGGGGGCUGCGGAGGGAGGAGAGCCCUCCCACACCCCUGCAAUAACUGGACCAGAGGAAGCUGCUGUCACUCCCCUCCCCUCCAGCAGCCCGGGGCCCGUGCCCCAUGGCAGAGGCCCUGUAGGGCGGGGCAGGCCCUGGACGAUCCAUUCCAUGUUUCCCAUUUCCUUUCCAUCCUCCUGCCGAGAGCCUGCCCCGCCCCCGCCCCUGUCCCGGGAACAUACUAUUUAAGAGAGAAAACUAUAUUGGUAUUAAAGCUGGUUUCACUUUA